UGCUCGUAACCAACGACCUCACACCAGCCCCAAAAAGUCCUCUCUCUAAAAGCUCUUUUUUCUCUCUCCAAUUCUCCAUUACCGUGUCGCCGGCGGCGGUGAUCGCUGCCGCACACCACCACCACCACCACGCACAUUUCUCUUUCUACCUCUAUAUGUAUACAUAUUUUGCGUACAUAUAAUUAGAUUGGCUCAGUGAUGGGGCUUCUAAGGAGACUCGCGGGGUUUCUAGGGUUUCCCAAGGACGAUGGGCACGAAGUCAAAGACGAAGUCGAAGACGAUCUUGGUCCUGAUUCGCAUAGAGUAGAAUCUCACCUUCAUCGUAAAGGCUUCAGCGUUCCUGUUCAAGUCCCCGUCGAGAGACCUCAGCUCGGCCCAGUUCUCGUUCCCUGUAUCGUCGGCGAUGGCGGUGUUCAGGGUUUGAAAUGGUAUGCAAAGCGUCUGAAGAUAGAUGAAGAAGGAGAUGUUGCAGAUGAGUUUCUUGAUGAGAUUUUACCGGAGCCAACAUCGGCAUCUGAUAUGGUUGAUCAGCAUCGACCGUUUCCAAGGUUUGAAGUGAAGUUUGUCGCUAGGCCAGCCAAAGUGAGGAAACAGGCACUGGCAGCGGACGGUAAGAUCCAACAGGGUGUGGAGUAUCAAGGCAAAUUGCAGUGGGUGUGAAGUGAAGAAGAACAUUGCCUUGCCUGACAGAAAGCAGGGUCUUCUGGGAUUGGAUUUCCAUUUGAUUAGCUGUGAGCUGGAAUGGAUGGUGUGUAUUCAUUCGAACCCCCCAUAGUCGUCUUUGAUUGAAGCAAUGUGUGUGUAUAAUUGAGCUGACAUAAACUGUGGACUUUGAAACCCCAUAGUCUGGAUCUUACAGGAGGUUCUAUAGGUCUCUCUGUUAUGAAGCACAUGGGGCUCGUAUUUGUAAUUGGUGAUUUUUAUCUGUAGUUUGGAAUACAUACUAUUGUGAACAAUCUAAAUACGAUGUGGAUCGAAUUGUUAAAUUUCAUUGGCUAAGAUUGAAGAUAUUUUAAGGUGCAAUUAUAUGUUA